AUGGCUUUUGACGGAAUCAAAACUACAAACUGGUUUAUGAAUGUGGAUGCCACAAAAGUUGAGAAUGGUGAGCAGCUCGUGGCUGCUGACAAGAAGGAGACUGCCAUUGAUUCAGUACUUGUAGAUGAGCACGGCAAAAACGAGAUUGCUAUUGAUUCCAAUGAUCGGGAACUCGAACAAGCUUUGGAAACCAAGGUAGCUGAGAAGAAAACAAAGAAGAGGAAGCUCAAGAUUGCUACGACUUCUUCGAGUCGCGAGUUAUGUGAAAAAGUAGAGGUUGAAGUUGCUAUGACUCAAUAUUUUGCAGUUUUACCUAGAGAUAAAUUAGAUGAUACUCUUGAAGAUCUGUUUGGUUUCACAAGUGAUUUCAACAUUCCUCUGAACCAAGUGAAGUUGAACAAUCUGGUAAGUUUGUCUUUUGGGAGUAAGAAUAUACGAUGUUGGAAACUGCUGCCAUAUCUGCUUAAUCAGUCUACAAAGCUUGAAACUCUAAUCAUCAAGGAGAAGGAUGGUUACACAACCGAUGUCUACACUCCUCUGCACCAAGUGAAGGUGUUGCAUAUACUUGGUUAUCAAGGAACUGCUCAAGAAUUGAAACGCUUAAAGAGUUUUCUUAGGGGAAGAAACUGCGUCGAACUUGUUCGAGUGGAGAUUGCGCAAGUUGUUGUGGUGGAUGAUGGCAAGAUAUUGCAAACUCUUGGAGUUUCAGUUUCAUCCAAGUGCAAGACCGAAGUCGCAUUUUCCCAACAUAAUCCAAUAUUCCCACACAAUGUUCAAAUCUGUAGAGGCACUUUUAAGGAAGAAGAGAUUGGUUAUGUCUGUAUGGAUACCAAAAAGUUGGACACUGGCUCGAGAGACGCCAUCAGCCGCCUCCCUGACGAGAUUCUCGGUGACAUCUUGUCCUUCGUUCCGAUAAAGCUGGCUGCUUCAACAUCGCUUCUCUCGAAGAGGUAG